AUGGUUGCCACGAUGGCGACUCCCGCGCACAGUCUUUACUUGCAUGGCAAUGAGCUCAGGCCUCAGCACUCCAGGGAAAACUCAAGAGAUUCUGGAAUAUUCCACACUACGAAAGGCCUUUGGAAUGCACCAGGACAGAAUAAUUGCUUUCUAAACAGUGCUGUACAGGUACUCUGGCAUCUUGACAUCUUCCGGCGCAGCUUUCGUGAGCUCACUGGCCACGCGUGUCUCGGACCAUCAUGUAUAUUCUGCGCUUUAAAAGUAAGUGUAGAUCAA